ACUGGGCGGGUCCCAACAUUAGGAUGGCCAAGACAUCCAGCUUCCAAUGCGCUGAUGGCAACAGAUAAGUAAAAAGUGAGCUCCUCGGACGCACGACAACACACCAACUGAAGUGGAAAGCGGCUCCUGUUCUGCUCCUUAUCCCAUUUCGGACGCUGAGUACAAGGCGGUACGGCUUCAGACUGCUGCAGGACAGAAUCAGAAGGAAGAAGCUUGAGUUAAGAAGACACUCGCGCCUUUGGCUCGUGCGUCAAGUUUGCCUUCUGUUACUUUUUUUGGCUCUUUAUGUCAGCGAAUUAAUAUCGAAACUUUCGGGUUUAUAGCUGGAAAGGUGGAAAGCAAUCAUUUCUUUUUGCCAUCUCGAAGACUAAAUUUAACUAAUGACGGCAGAGGUCCAGCAGCCCCCAGCGCAGACUCCUGCCCAAAGCAGCCCGAUGUCUGCCCCGGAGAAGCCGCACGGACAGACGGCGGUGAUGGAAACCGCCUCCUCCACUACGAAAACCAAAAAGACAAACGCAGGGAUCCGCAGACCAGAGAAACCCCCUUAUUCAUACAUUGCUUUGAUAGUCAUGGCUAUCCAGAGCUCUCCGACCAAGCGCUUGACGCUCAGUGAGAUCUACCAGUUCCUGCAGAGCCGCUUCCCGUUUUUCAGGGGCUCAUACCAGGGAUGGAAGAACUCCGUGCGUCACAACUUGUCUCUAAACGAGUGCUUCAUUAAGCUGCCCAAGGGCCUCGGCAGGCCUGGGAAGGGCCACUACUGGACUAUCGACCCGGCUAGUGAGUUUAUGUUCGAGGAAGGCUCCUUCAGAAGGAGACCCAGGGGUUUCAGGCGCAAGUGCCAGGCGCUGAAGCCCAUGUACAGCAUGAUGAACGGCCUAGGAUUCAACCACAUCCCCGAGUCCUACAACUUCCAAGGGAGCGGCGGGGGCCUGUCCUGUCCGCCCAACAGCUUGUCUCUGGACAGUGGGAUUGGGAUGAUGAAUGGACACUUGGCAGGUAACAUGGAAGGGAUGGGUCUGUCCGGGCACACCAUGUCACACUUGUCGACCAACAGUGGACAUUCCUACAUGGGAAGUUGUACAGGAUCCACUGGGAGUGAUUAUCCCCACCACGACAAUUCCGCCUCCCCUCUGCUCACCAGCGGAGGAGUCAUGGAGCCUCAUCCUGUCUACUCGAGCUCAGCCUCGGCGUGGGCUCCGGCCCCCUCGGCCUCGCUGAAUAACGGGGCCUCCUACAUAAAGCAGCAGCCUCUGUCUCCUUGUAAUCCAGGGGCGAACCCGCUGCAGCCGAGCUUGCCCACACAUUCACUAGACCAAUCUUACCUGCACCAGAACGGGCACAGUACUACAGAUUUACAAGGUAUUCCUCGGUACCAUUCCCAGUCUCCAAGCAUGUGUGACCGAAAGGAGUUCGUCUUCUCGUUCAACGCCAUGACGUCCUCAGCGAUGCACUCACCGAGCAGCGGCUCUUACUACCACCACCAACAGGUCUCCUACCAGGACAUCAAGCCCUGCGUCAUGUGAUGCCUUCACGGACAAAAACCUGCAGCCCACAGGACGGUGUCACAGACUUGAGCCAUGCAGCAGGGUGAACUGAAAAUAAGAACAAAACGAGUUAAAUAACCACUGAGAGACAUGAAGGCAUGCCCCGGCCCAUGGAGAGCGCUCACUGCUUCAAGUAGACCGGACUACUUUUCUGUACACACAGCGACAAAGACACGGAGACAGGCCAAUCACAACGCAACUACAUAAUAAUGAUAAUAAUAAUAAUAUAUAAUAAUAAAAAAUAUACUUUUUUUUCAUGCCAUCAACAUCGACCAGCGGGGUAAAGACUGGGUGUAUGAAACCCUGCUGCUGUUUGGUACUUAGUCCUGCAGAGCGGAUGACUACCACUUCACACUUUUGUUUAUUCUUUAAGUAGGCCAAUGUAAAAAAGCACACGUCCAUUUUCUCCGUCUAAAGUUCUUACUUUUAUUUUCUUUGACAAAUUAGACUGAGGCUUUUUUUUUUUGGACAUUCAUACCAGCGUUGAAUUCUGAAAUGAACAAUUAUGGACAUCACAUAUACAUGUCCAUAUAUACUGUGUAAAAAAACGAUGAAGGCACUUUUUGAAUAGCCUAUAAGCGCAUCUUUUUAUUUAUUCUGUAGGCCUACAUAUUUUAAUUUCAGGCGAAUUGGCCAAGGUGGUAUAUUCUGUAUUGGCAAUAUUUGUCAGAACGCUUGUUAUUUGUUUUAAAAUGAAAAUUUGAGGAUAUAUUGUAAGCACUGUUAUGUCGUUUGUGUUAGAUAUAGACCAUUACUUUUCUGCACUGUAUACUUACAUAAUGUUAGGAGAAUUAGCAAGGGUCCAUCAAUGAGGGCUAAUCUUUAGGGCUAUAUUACAACAAAUCAUUUGUAAGAAAUAAAAUAUAUCUGUUGGGCUGUUUCAGCCUAAAUCCACAAAAAA